AUUGUCAGGCUGCAGUCAGCUCUGGAGGAAUCCCAGCUAAAUGAAAAACAGCUGAAGCACAAGCUGGAGCUGCAAACCGAGACACUGAACAACAAGAUGGAGGAGCUGCGGGCUCUGAAUGAACACACCCAGAACUCCAUGACAUCUGAGAUGAUGGAGGUACAGAUGAGGAUCAUGGAGCUGGAGAACAUCAAGGUGGAGUUAGAGCAGAUGCUGCAGGAGUGUCGGCACAGAGUGCAGCAGCUAGAACUGCACAGCAGCGGCCUGCAGAGGCAGCUGGAUAGAACCACGGAGGAGAAAGAAGAACGAGAGAAAGAAGCUGUGUCCUGGUUUAAUGCAUUAGAGAAAUCUCGGGAAGUAAACCGAGACCUGCAGAUCCAGCUGGGUCACGUUCUUCAACAGGCCCAGGAUCCUAACAGUAAGGGGAACUCACUGUUUGCUGAGCUGGAAGACAAGAGAGCUGAGAUGGAGAGACGACUCAUCAGCAUGAAGGUCCAGUUUCAAUCGUUGCAGAAAGUCCACACGUUCAACAAACAACAGAUGCAGCGCAUGAAGGUCCAGAUAGCCACUCUGAUGCAGCUGCAAUGUUCCAGGGCUGACCCGGCUCAGAUGGAGAGACUGCAGUCCAUGCUGUCUGAGAAAAAUGGAGAGAUCCAGGAUCUGAUUAUUAAACUGCAGAAACUGGAGAAAUUGGAGGUGUCGAAGUCUCAGCCUGUCAACUCUGCUCCAACAGACGGAGGUAGUAGUCAGGAUGAGACGUAUUACAUCGACCUGCUGAAACUGAAGCUCCACAACGCUGUUAAGGCUGUGGAGCGUUUGUCAGAUGAGCUGUCCCUGCAGAGGAUGAAGUCUCUGUCAGAGAGUCAGAGAGCUCUGGCCCUGGAACGGAAACUCUUUAAAUCCGAGUGCCUACUGAAACAGGCUCAGAGUGACAAGUUCAAGUUGCAGCUGCAUGUAGAGGACCUUGAGCAGAAAUAUGAACCCAAAGAGAUGGAGAAACCUGUUCAGAGGAAAUGUAAAAUAAAGCUUCCUGAUAACAUCUCAGAAAGAAGCAACUGUGAGGAGAUGAUUGGCACUGUGGAUGGGACGGGUCCCAAGAGUUCUAACCAAGUUUCAGAAACAGAGUCUGAGCUGAGGCCCGCAAAGUGUGUGAAGAUCAACGAGGAACCUGAUAGAACUGCCCUCCCCAGGUCAGUACUCAACGGACAAGUUCUGUCCAGGUAG